AUGAAUCAACCCAUUACUUCUCUUUUCUCUUCUCAAUCCACCGAAUGGGAAAAGUCAAUUCCUGAAGAUGAUCAAGAUGCUGAUGUGAUGGUUUCCUUUGUUGAGAUUCAGUUCGACCCAGAGGAUGACAACAUUCCUGAUCAUAUGCUUAUAUCAGGAAAGUUUAGGAGUCUGGCACUUUUAAAGUGGCAGAGCUCACAACAAAAAUGUCAAAGGAGGUUGCCAAACUUGAUUUCCAUUCUUCAUACCACGGUUGAUGAUAUUGUUGAAGCUGUGAUAAAGGUUGUGGAGUAUUUCAAUUCAUUUUCUACUAAGGUUGAUUCCAAGACAGAGUCUAAUUCGAAGGUGUUUUCUAAGCUGGAAGAAUUUUUAGAGAGCUUAAAGGAGUCAAUUUUGAAGAUUGAUACUUUUCCUAAAUCGUGUAUUUCUCAAAAGUAUUUGUCCCAGGUAUUCUCUUCAUUCAUAUCCAAUCUUAAAACUGACAUUGCUCAUCUCCUUAAACUUGUUAAUUUGAUGCUAACAGAUGCCCCACCUAUUCGACAAGUGGUACAAGGGGGACAAAAGGGGGUUGGCUCAUCAAAAGAUCCUGAUCAAGGAAAGGUAGUUGGAAAGGUGAUAAGCUCACAAAUUCCAACGUCACUUCCUACUUCUAUGUCAACAACCUCAACCACAAUGACUUCGAAGCCAUUAACCAAAGGCAUAGUCAUUCAUUCUUCUGCUGGGAGUUCGAGUUCAAAGCCUCCACCAUCAAAGGAAGAAAUAUAA